AAUCAAAAAGCAGAAUUAGCAAUGACAGUAGUGAAAAAUUUUAUUCCACACAGUCUACAACUAUUUUUACUAGUAUUGUAUCCAGCAACGGCGAUACUUGGCUCACUCCACUGGACCAUUGCACGUCCACCACAAAGUUAUUUCUCCGAAAAAUCAAAUAUAUUUAAUGUAUGGCUAGUUAAAAAUGAAACCAUAAAGAAAGAACGAUGGAAAGCUGCAAUACGAUGGUUCCUUGCCACUGCAUACUGGUUUAUAAUGACCCAGUGGUUCUUUGGUCCAUCUACAAUUGAUCGAGUGUUUUUAUGGACCGGCGGCGAAUGCAUAAAAGAAGGCGCAUACAUGAAUCACACGAAAGCGUACGCAUGUAAAACGAAUGGAGGCCGUUGGAUCGGUGGCCACGAUGUUAGCGGUCAUUGUUUCCUCUUAAUACACGCGUCUUUAUUCCUCUGCGAAGAAUUCAGCAUUGUCGCGUAUCGGUAUCAUGACUUCCAGCUGGUGAUGAACACCACACAUAAAAUAGUGACGCGAAUGUUGCAAGCGUUAUUGAUCGUGUGGUGGUGGAUGCUCCUUAUGACUGGUAUUUAUUUUCAUAAUCUUACCGAAAAAUUGACGGGCAGUUUGUUUGGCGUGUUGUAUUGGCUUGUGGCAUAUUGUUUCGUAUUCCCAAAUUAUGCAAAGAGUUGGAUGCCAUAUGAGGUUUCUGAGGCUCUGCGACGCAAUCAAGUUGGAUUGGUUGCGGAUCGUAUGAUUUAUCCGAUUUAUCGAGGUCACGCAACUGUUUUGGAGAACACAGAGUUGUGA